AUGUGGAGGUGGAACCAGACCUCUCUGGAGGACUUCAUCCUUCAAGGGCUCUUUGAUGACUCCUUCAACCACUUUUGUCUUUUCCUCCUCAUCAUGCUGGUCUUCCUUACAGCAGUGAGUGGCAACAGCCUCACCAUCCUCCUCAUCUGCGCUGAUCCCCGUCUUCACACACCGAUGUACUUCCUGCUCAGCCAGCUGUCCCUCAUGGAUCUGAUGCACGUCUUCACAACCAUUCCCAAGAUGGCUAGCAACUACCUGUCAGGCAAGAAGUCCAUCUCGUUUGUAGGCUGUGCCACCCAGCACUUCCUGUACCUGUCUCUGGGUGGUGCAGAGUGUCUCCUGCUGGCCCUCAUGUCCUAUGACCGCUAUGUUGCCAUCUGCCACCCCUUGAGGUACACUGUGCUCAUGAGCAGAAGAGUGGGAGUGAUGAUGGCUGUCGCAUCAUGGCUGAGUGCAUCUGUGAACUCCCUAAUCCACACAUCCAUCUUGAUGAGCUUCCCUUUUUGUGGUUCGAGAAUCAUCCACCAUUUCUACUGUGAAUUUCCAGCUGUUUUGAAGUUGGUGUGUGGGGACAUCACUGUGUAUGAGAACACAGUCUAUAUCAGCAGCAUUAUACUUCUUCUCCUUCCCAUCAUCCUUGUCUCUACAUCCUACGGAUUCAUUCUCCACAGUGUCAUUCAGAUGCGUUCAGCUGGGAGUAAGAGAAAUGCUUUUGCUACAUGUAGCUCACAUCUCCUUGUGGUUUCCCUUUGGUUUGGUGCCUGCAUAUUCUCCUAUAUGAGGCCCAGGUCCCAGCGCACUCCAUUGCAAGACAAAGUUGGUUCUGUUUUCUAUAGCAUCAUUACUCCAACUCUGAAUCCUCUUAUUUAUACUCUGAGGAAUAAGGAUGUUGCUAAGGGUCUGAAGAAAGUGUUGAGGAGAGAUAUUCUCAUCUAG